GCUUGUGUCAUCAUUUCCAUUGUCACCGUCUCUUUGUCUUCUCGGGUUGAGAUAUGGUACAUCAAUGGCCAACUCAUAAAAGAAGGACAAAAUAGAGGAACAUCUCUCUGCCACGUCAAAUAUUUUUUUUGGGGUUUCGUCAAAAGAUACAUAUAAUAUCAUAAUUCCGCUGUAAUCUCUUUCUGUGCAUGUAUAUAUAACGGGCACUAUGUUUUUCCUUUUUCAGUUUCUGAAUAUUUCCCCGGAAAAAGAUAAACAUGAACUAUAACGUGGUGGAUGUAUCUCGCUUCUUGCUCUUCGAAGCAACAGCAGAUUCCGAGAACGGUCUCGGCUUACCAAACGUUCACGACGACGACGACGACGACGAAGACAAUGGCUAUGACGAGGGUGAUGCCGAGUCUUGCAGAGUUGGUCCGCAAGAGACGUCCUGCCGGACGAUUAUUCAGAUGAGCGGGUCGGAUCUUGACCCGGAAACGAUGGACGGAGAAGAAGAUGAGGAAGAAGGAGAAGUUAAUAGUUACGGGAAGUGGGCGAGGAGAGAGAAUCGGAAUUUGGUCGUUGGUUUGUCGUCGACGGGCAAAGACAGGGCUUCGCAGGAAUGCAUAAUCAAGGUACGGAAAAGAAACGGCAGCGCAACCUAUCACGAACCCUCGAGACGGCAUGACGUCCAUAAAACGUUUAGACGUGGUGACGUUUACAGAGUUCUUCAUCUUUAUUGACCGUAUGUAACUAUGUAUGAAGUGUAACAUUUUCUUGUCCUUUUUUGGCGUAUUCUUGGUUGGCGCGUCGAUAUAAAAUAAUUAAUGCAUGUCGUUUAUAUA